AUGGCGUUAUGGACAUCUAUUAUUUCUCGAGGCACAAAGUUUCGAAAAUUCAAUCUCCCAAAAAUUAAUUUAAACAAUUAAUUUAAUGCAACAAUUGAACUGAUUAUAGAAGAAUAUAAAUAUGGCGGGAGGGAAAAAUCAGACUGGAUUUCAACCGGAUUCUGAUGUUCAUAUAACUUAUGAGGAACAACAAAAGAUUAACAAAUUUGCUAGACAAAAUGCGAAGUUGGAAGAUUAUAAGGAAGAACUUAGAGUAAAACAGAACGAAUUGAAGAAUUUGGAGGAUGCUUGUGAUGAACUAGCUCUUAUGGACGACGAUGCAAAAAUACCAUACUUUAUUGGAGAAGUAUUCAUCUAUCAUUUCCUUGAGAAAACACAGAGUUCUUUAGAAGAGGCUAAAAGUAAGAAAAAAGAAGAAAUUGCAAAAUUAGAAGGCAAAUGUGCAGAUUUAAAGAUAAUUAUGUCUCAAUUAAAAACACAAUUGUAUGCGAAGUUUGGUACUCGUAUAAAUUUGGAAUCUGAAGAAUCGGAUUAAUAUUUUUCGUCAUUGAUGCAUUU